CGCCAUCUUAAAUACCUCGCGAUUCGGGGGGCGGAACGUGCGAGAUCGAUAUACUGCUUGUUCAAUCAAUUGGCUCGUUGUUGAUCGGAGAGCUGCAAUGGCGUCGCCGGCGAGAGGGGAGACGGAGGCGAUCCAUGUGCUGGCGGUGGACGACAGCUCGGUCGACCGGGCGGUCAUCGCGGGGCUUCUCCGGAGCUCCAAGUACCGAGUCACGGCUGUGGACAGCGGUAAGAAAGCGCUGGAGCUAUUGGGAAUGCAGGAACCAAACGUGAACAUGAUCAUUACUGAUUACUGGAUGCCAGAAAUGACAGGAUACGAACUGCUCAAGAGAGUCAAGGAAUCCUCCAAGUUGAGAGAAAUCCCCGUGGUCAUAAUGUCAUCUGAGAAUGUUCCCAAUCGAAUCAACAGGUGUUUGGAAGAAGGAGCAGAAGAUUUCUUGUUGAAGCCUGUGAGGCCAUCUGAUGUAUCUCGUUUGUCCAGCUGGAUCAGAUAGCAGCUGGAGAAGGCAGAGGAGGACGAAAGAUGAGUCUCCUGUCGACACAAUUUUCCUCAGCUUUGCUUUCGUUUAGAAAUGCAUUCUUUUGUUUCUUCUUUAAAUGAACAAGGCACUGUGAUCAUGGAGGUAGAUCCUCAUCAUCUUCCAUGAAUGUCACCUUUUGCUUUCAGAUGUAAAACAUGCUUCGAGCAAGCAUUUCAAUCCAAUGCCAUUCCGAUU